AGAGAGUGUGUGAGCUGAGAGUGAAGCGGGGAAAGGAAACAGAGGAUUCAGUGUUAAAGGGAUGAAAGAGGGAUUGAGUCUCCGCAGUGUGUGUGUUGAGCGUUUGUCUCUCAGAGGGAGAGAUGCUGGAAACACCAUGACGCUGGAAGUUGCUGUCGGGUACCGAAAACAGACCAGGAUGGAGGAUCAGGACAGAGUCAGUCAGGCCUCCAGCAGCGCCACCGUGUCCUUUCUGCCAAUCAGAGACAAGUGUCACGACAAAGUGCAGACGUUUGGAAAGAGAUGUCAAGCGGCAAAAAGAGACGCCAACUGCCCUGUGGUGAUCAGAGGAUGGCUGUACAAGAGGGAUAGCAGUGGACUGAAAUUAUGGAAAAGAAGAUGGUUUGUCCUCUCUAAUUUCUGCCUGUAUUAUUAUAAAGACAGCCGUGAGGAGUCUGUUCUGGGCAGUAUUCCUCUUCCCAGCUACAGGAUCCUGUACUGCUCACCCAGAGAGUGUAGGAACCGCAAAUAUGCAUUCAAGGUGGUUCAUCAGGGGAUGCGGCCGUACAUCAUGAGCGCUGAGACCCAAGAGGACAUGUUGGGCUGGGUCAGGGCUCUCAGCCAAUCAGCAAGCAUGGAGGCUGAUGACAUGAUCAACAGACGCUGUGCCAGUUUUCAGGACUUCACUCAGAUGGGAGAUAAUGCGGAAACAAUGGAGCUCCAACACAUGACCCCGUUUCCAGAAAGAAACCAGACCGCAACAAAACUGACCAGGGUGCAGACAGAGCCGACUCUCCUGGAUCACGAGACGACGGGAAUUAAAAUGAAGACGCCAGAACUGAGAGGAAGACAUGGGAGCAGACCAAGCACGGCUGAAGCGACUGAUCAAUCUCCAAGCUUGGUAAAUGCAGAUGAGGAACAUCUUUCCUUCCACCAUCCGAAAGCAGCCUUCAAGCAUCCUCCAUUUCCCAGAGAUCAGUAUGGGUCGCCGUGUCACGGUACCAUGGGCAGAGCGGACGUUUGGCCCUUUGGAAACUGCUCAAGCGCCCCCCUGUCACCAUACAUCUACACAGAGAGAGCACAUGUGCCCGAUCAGCCUUUUCAGCCUGAGUUUCCAUGUUCUGUGUGCUACUCUUCCAACUACCACACGGCUGAACACAUGGACAUGUGCAAGGCAGGUAAACCAGACAUCCUAACGGAGAGAGAAAUUCAGCCAAUCAUAGAUCUGGAAAACGAUACAGAUGUGGUUCUCACUCGUCUGUGUGGAUGUGAUAAACUGCUGCAGUCCGUCUCUAUGCAGCUGGCUCAGUUACAGGCAGAUAAGAAAAGCAUUGAGUAUGCUCUAGAAAUCAAAUGGUUGGUGAGGGAAGAUGGACUACCUGGAGAGCAGGAGGUAUCCCAGAAGGCUUUGCUUCAGGAGGAGCUGGUUACACUCAGAGCCAGAAUAUGUGAUUUGUCAUUGGAGCUGGACAGUUUGUGGAGUGAUUAUGAACGGAUGGAGAGCGAGCUGUCGGUUUUCCAUUCUCAUCUCCAACACAUCCUCCACUUCGGGACAACGCAGGAGCAGAUUCAGGCGCAGAGGCAGCUCUGGAUGAUGGAGGAUAUCUUGUGUGGUUUGAGGGUGAACAAGAACCGCUUUAUGGCCUUACUGGGUCUCCAGACGCAGGGGGUUCCUCCACCAAAACCUGUUCCCUAUUUUGAGGGCGAGUUAGGAGGCCCCAACAUGGAGUGUGUGACUGAAGCAGAGCAGCAGGACUACAUGAAGAUUCACCAGAGUUUUAAGAGAUGGACCCAAGAGAGCCCUGCCAAUGACAGCAGGCCGAGUGUUGAACAGGACGUCCCACACGAGCCGCUGCGUCUGACCCGCGUCGUGACGUCUAGCCUUCCGACGUCGCUCAUCGCAGAGCGCAUUUAUGUGGACGACCCCUAUCCUGAGCAGAUCCCCCUGCAGUCAGGACUGAGGAACAGCCAGAGGAAACCCAGCAGAACGACGCAUGAGACGGCCGACAGGAACAGACACUUACACUGGGCCGACGGACCGCAAGAGAUGUUGCAGAAGAAACCGCCUCAAAACCCCAGAGAGAAGGCACUGGCUGAUAGAAAGGUCUGGACACACCAUCAGCAGGAGCUCGAGCCUGAAGCCUUGUGCCUUACAAACUCUGAGUCUGACUGCGACGCUGCCAUGAGCUCUCAGAAACACCACACUAAACUCAGACGAACGGAUAAAAGAGACAGAAGUAUGAGUGCAGCCAGAGAGCACUUCAUAGACGACAUUCAUCCCUUGAAACUUAUUACAGCCAGUGAAAAGGAGACAGAUGUCCAGAAACACACACCAGAUCCUGCCGUUGUACACUUGAGUAACGGCUACAGCAGUGACAGACGCAAAUUUAAAAGCCACAACAGAGAGUCGGCCAACCCAAUAACGCCACAAUGUGAUGACGCAAAUGUGCACAAUGAAAUCAAGAACAAAACAGCACAACAAUCAUCUUGCAAUGAUAUCAUUGUCAUAGAAAGCCACUCCAUCAAUCAUAUUUCAACUCUUACAGUGUUUAAGGGACAUCAGGGAAACAAUCAAACACACAAACCUCAUAAAAAGAACAGAAAUUCUGACAGACAAAAGUUGUCCGUCUCCGCUAAUGUGAAAUCUGAGUGCUUUCUGUCAAAUAACCGACGGUGCGAGUUAGUCCCGGUCUAUGUUCACGAAGCAAAGCCUCAAGCAUCCCUUUCUUCAGUGGAAAAUCAACAACCAAACCAGGAAACCAAUCAAACGCCUGAUAAACCAGUGGGAGGAGACUGUGGGCGGAGCCAAAGUCCCGCAACAACAUUCGAAAUGGCAUAUAUUAGCCAAACAAAUGGAAAAAGCUGCACUGACCUUAAAGAAAUGCCCGAUCAACCACCAGACGCUCAACCAAUCACAACAUCUGACAAUCAAUCGACGUCCAACUCUGACCAAUCCAAACCAGAGCUGUGCAUUUAUGAGGAAAUCCAGUUUAGCUUGCCCAGAUCAGGAGAUGCUGAUGAGAAUCAGAGAGAUCAAACCAGUGGAGAUGAAUCACGACCAUCAAACCUCACCGUAAAUGAGUCUGGACCGUCUCACACUGAGGUCAAUGGGGAGUACAGUACAAGAACAAGUCGAACAGGAAGUGAUGUCACGUGCAGGAGAGGGAAAGAGCAGAAAGUCUACAGCUCUGUCAUGAAGAGCUCAGUAAUAAAUCAUCUCGUCCAGGACUGCAGGCCGCGGAUAACCGUGGUCAGCACCAGCCUGUAGAUAUGAGUGUUUUCGUGCGGCUGAAGAAAGUGUGAGGAAAGAGGCAGUCAGACACAAAAGAGUAGGAAUGUCAGAAGUGGAAAGAUUAGAUAGGGAAUGAUAAGAUAAAAGAAUUGGAUAGGAAAUAGGAUAGGAAGCUGAAAAACAGCUUCAAUCCUUCUUGAAAUAUAAUCAUAUCAUGCUGAUCUGUGUGUGCCAUUGCACUAAGAAAGCGUCCUGUCUGAUUAGCGAUGCAGAAAACUAAAUGGCAAGUACAACCCAUGAACUGAUUAAACAUGUGGUAAUUUGUGUCAUUUAGCAACUAUGAAUUUGUUCUUUUUAUAUGUACAUGCACAUUAAAUCUCCUGGUUAUAAUAACUCUGAAUGCAUACAAACUCUUGAGGUUUUUAAUUGACCUGGAAAUAUUGCUUACAUUUCCACACUACUAGUAUUAAUCAGAUAUCAACUUUGUGAUUUGUGAGACCAAUUAAAGUCUUACUAUAUUAAGUAAACACAUCUGUGGCUUAUUAAUUCGGUAGCUUUCUGCGGUUUUGCCAAGUAGCACGUGUUUCUGGAUCAACAUCCUUGUUUGUAUUAGAUCUUUGCGAUAAACAGUUACAUUUUAGGGUUAGGGUUAUGACAAAAAAACAUGUGUGGCUUCUUAUUGAAAGCCCAUUUUUGCCACAAAAAAAAUCUUAAUAAGUGUGACGUCAUAAUUUUGACUUUUUGUUUUAAUUUAGACUAAGCAUGUCAUUAAAUGUCAUACUUCAAUUUCGACUU